GCAGCGGCUCCCUCAUCCGCAUCUGUUCCUCACUGAAAUACUGACCCUCUAGGAAAGGAGGUGGCGCAAAAGAACAGAGAUGACAAGGUCUGUCUACGAGCCUAACUCCCUUGUAGCCAUGGAGACGAAGUCUGGAGAGAGACCAGAUGCAGAUGUCUCCAUCCCCAGCCCUCAGAGUGAAGCUGUGACCAAUGAGCUGCAAGAGUUGUCCCUGCAUCCUAUCCCCAACCUGCUGCCAAUCAGAGAGAGGAAAAAUGUUCUCCAGCUGAAGUUACAACAGAGAAGGAGCAGAGAAGAGCUGGUCAACCAGGGAAUCAUGCCUCCACUGAAAAGUUCAGCUGCCUUCCAUGAACAGAGACGAUGUUUGGAACGAGCACGGACUGAGGACUAUCUGAAGCGAAAGAUCAGGAGUCGGCCAGAGCGAUCUGAACUGAUCAGGAUGCACAUCCUAGAGGAGACAUCAGCAGAGCCGUCAUUGCAGGCCAAGCAGCUGCAGCUGAAAAGAGCUCGUCUAACCGACGGUUUGAACGAUAAGAUCUCCCACCGCCCGGGGCCUAUGGAACUGAUCCACAAAAACAUCCUACCUGUCCACUCCAGCAUCAAACAGGCCAUCAUAGAGACGCAGUUUCCAAAGGUUUCAGCGGAUAACUCGUCAUGUGAUGAGGACAGCUAUGACAGUCUGUCUCCAGAACAGCCAGUCAGCCAGGAGUCUCCUCUGGGCUUGGGACCUCUGCCCUCUCCACCAGAGACACUGGCUGGGAGCAGCAUCCCAUCUCCUUCACAGGUCCCUCCUCCAGCUCCUCCUCUUCCACCAAUCUCUGGAUCCUCCCCCUCACUAAAGCUGACCAAUGGGGUGCCAGCACCAUCUGCCCAGAGGGCAGGUGUUACCUGUCAGAUUAAGCCCCAGCCUAAACUAAACUGUGACCGCUCUGCCCAGAGACACAAGAAACCCAAGGACAACAAGCCUAAGAUAAAGAAGUUAAAAUACCAUCAGUACAUCCCUCCUGACCAGAAGGGAGAUAAAGAGCCUCCUCCCCAUUUGGACUCAUCCUAUGCCAAGAUCCUCCAGCAGCAGCAGCUCUUCCUGCAGCUCCAGAUCCUCAGUCAGCAGCAGCAACAGCAGCAGCAGCAGCAGCAGCAGCACCACAACUACCACACCAUCCUGCCUGCACCACCCAAACCUCAGACAGACCAGCAGCCAUCUUCCUCUUCCUCCUCCAAUUCCAUGACCACCUCCUCCCCACAUCAGCUUGUCGCUGCCCCUUCAACAGCCCCCUCUAACCAGGGAAGUCUCAGCCAUCAGAGUUCUACCCCUUCAGGGGGGACCAAACCAGUGUGUCUACCUCCAAACCUGGAUGAAAUGAAGGUGGCAGAACUGAAGUCCGAGUUAAAGCUACGUGGCUUGCCUGUCUCCGGCACCAAAAAUGACCUUAUUGAGAGGCUGAGGACCUACCAGGAGUUGAAUGGAGGCAUUGACACUACCUCUUCUCCAACAGUAGGGGGUACCACAGGGCUAGGGGCUGAAGGAGCAGGAAAAUCCCCUAAAACUGCGGCAGCCACCAUCAAUAACAGUUCAUCACAACAGAAACAACAGUUUCAGUUUCAGUGUCAUCAGAUAUCCUCUCUGAUCAGUCAGUCAGCUGAUGCAAGAAGAAGUGCCACCCCAGCUGCAGCCACUCCUCAGCAGCUCAUGAACUGUGGUGGCACUGUAUCCCCCCCACCCGUCUCCCUCACCCCCUCUGACCACUCACCGGCCCCCAUGAGUCCAGAGGAUACCUGCUUUAACAGCAACCCUUUAGGGGAAAUGCUGAGCCUACAGCCAUCUUCAACUUCUCAUCUCCCCACAAACAUUAAAGAAGAGCCCUCGUGCUCCACCGCAGCACCUUGUGAAUUCUCUUUAAAGCCCGUCUCUCUGCAGAAACACUGCCCGGUCUCAUCAGCUGCCAUCACCACCACAACCACAGCUCCAGUAGUGACUAUGGACAAAGACAAGAUGCUGCAGCAGAAAGAUAAGCAGAUAGAGGAAUUGACCAGGAUGCUAAGGCAGAAACAGAGGCUGGUGGAGGUACUCAAGAUGCAGCUGGAGCACGGGAAAAGAGGAGGACAAGUUGCUGAGCCUGUGGUUCUUGUAAGAGUAAAACAAGAACCACCUGAUAAGCCUGGUCUCCCACUCCCAUCAUCCUCCCUUUCAUGUGAGAUGGACGUUACCAAGGUAACUGUGAAACAGGAAGCCAUCGAUGCAGAGGAAGUUGCGUCUGAAACAACUAUGCAAUCACCAGACACUCAUGGAUUACUGCACUCCCAAACUCAGGAGCAGAUUCAGCUGCAAAUCAAGCCGGGGCAGACGAACGCACAAACAAAACAAGAUGCACAUGUACGUCUCCAGCAAACCACUCUGCAGCUGGCCCAGCAACAGGCCAUACAGAAACUAUUGCUACAGCAACAGCACAACAUUCACAACAACAAUCAGAUGCUGGACAAUCAACAGAACCUGCAAAGACUUUCUCAGCAGAGAAAGAAGAAAUCUCACAAACAGCAGCUCAAACUGCAGCAGCAGAGCCAACAGUCACAACAACAGCAUCAGCAUUCAAAACAACAUCAACAGCAGAUGCAACUGAAGCAACAGAUUCUACUGAAGCAACAAAAGUCACUGUUACAGCAGCAAUUUAAACAACAGCAGCAGACGAAACAGCCACAACAAAUCCAGAUACAGACGAAGAUACAUCUGAAGCAGCAACAGUUGCUAAUACAACAGAAACAAAAGGGGCAAAAGCAGUCACUGCAGGUGUCUCAAGCACACCUCAACCAGCAGUCAGGCUCCACUCCCUCCUUCACUCUUGAUCUCCUCAAGAGUGACUCCACCCCAACUCUGGUCACCGAUGGCAACGGUAACCACUUCCUGAUCGCACUGACCAGUCACAUCACUGAGAACCAAAGAACUGACCUACCUGAGAACAAAGCGACCAAUCACAUUACACUGCAGCGACUACAGUCUACUCCAGCCAAGCUCCCAAGCCACGACCCUGUUCAGCUGACAACAGCUGAUAAUCAGUCCAAACAGAGCAUGCAUCUUGAAUUCUUGAAACAACAAAAUUUAAAGGCACACAACGGGGGACUGCAGGUAUCUGUAGAUGAACCUCAGCAGGGAGUCGCUCAGUGUUUGUCAGCACCACCCAGUCUGCAGCCUUUCUUCAAGGACUUGGAGACCACUCCCUCAGGGGAAAACACCAUAUCACCUUCCUCUGAAAAUGAGGUGUGCCCUAGUAUGGAUGUCCUGUUUAGUCCUCUUUCUCCUGCUUCCAUUAAGACAGUUGCGUCAUCACCUGAUAACAAAGAUACAGAGCAUGAAGAUGAUUUUAUUGACAUCAUUUUGCAGACAGGAGAAAUGUCCACCACUUUCAAACCAGCACCAGACCCUUCUCUGGACCACCUUAGUUCCACGUCUUCUGUCUCUUCCCCUCCUCCCCCCUCCCUGCCCGGCUGUGACACCCCACAGUUCACCCCCCCUGCGCCACCUGAGCUUCAGAUUCCAGUCGACACCCCAGAAGAGAAGCAACAGCUCAGUGAUUGUACAAGUGGACGUCUGGAGGACUUUCUGGAAAGCACCACUGGAACGCCUCUCCUGGGGGUGGAGCCUGGUGGUCUGUUGACUUUGAUUGAUGACCUCCACAGCCAAAUGCUGUGCACCCCCAGCAUCUUGGACCAUCCACCAUCUCCCAUGGAUACAUUCAACCUAUCAGCGGAGGGGGAGCAAGGCCUGGACAGUAUGGAUUGGUUGGACCUCACUAUGGGAGAAGAGAGGGGUGAGGAAACCCCUGCUCUGGCUCCACUGGGCCCUCCAACACCCACUAGUGUCUUUUCCACAGACUUCCUGGACACAUAUGACCUGCAGACACACUGGGACUCCUGCCUAUAGCCUACAGCAGUCAGAAAACAAGUGUCCAAUAUGAAGCUGCAUGCACGAAAUCAUGUAAUUGAUUGCUGAGGCUUCAGUAUUUGAUUAGAGCACUCUCGCUGGUAUCUUCACACACACUGGUGUAUUGAAUCUUCAAGCACUUUGACCUUUAUUUAUUUUAUUUACACACUGCAACAUUGAUUUUUGUGCACACACUCUUCAGGCAGGCCCUACAUCUAUUUGUGCUUCUAUUCGCACCACAUAUGAAUUAAUCACAACUUUCCUUGUCACAGACACCAUGUUAAAGUGAAAAAGUAUAUUGAUUCAUUUGACCUUUCUGUAAUUAGGAUGCAAACUCCUUCUUAGCUGCCUUAUGUAGUAAAGAAAACCAAUAUGUUACCAUUAUAGGAAAAAGGUAUGGCUCACCCAUAACCAAAGUUAAGGUGAGAGAAAAUUUUCUAA